AUGUUUAAAGUGUUGGAGCUCCUGAAGCCUCUGACUGAGGAAUGGGGAUCAGACCCCAAUUUGCAGCAGUUUCAGGGCAGUGAGAGAGGUAGUGGUCGACAAGAUGAUCUUCUGACUGCAGCCAAGGACCUUCAACAGGCCUGGGGACUGAGCCUGUGCUGUCAGCUGCAGCUGCAGACCAGGCUAGAGAUCCUGCUGGACUGGGCUGUGGGUCUCCAACAGGAUGGAGGGGCUAUAGGAGAGAUGCCUCUCUUAGAUUCAGAUGUGCGCGUACCAGCCCUGCUAGGAAUGGAAUACCCUGACUCGAUGGGAUCUGGUCUUAGUGUGCCUGUGCUGGGGGGUCACAAUGACCCUGUUACUGGAGUUAUGAUACCGCUGGCAGGAACCAUGGAGGAUCCAGAUGGAAAAGGUCUGGUUGCCAUCCGUCAUGGAUCUCAGACUGUUGAUCCAGUGACGGGCAUGUUGGCUGCAGUAGUUGGAGCCAGGCUGGAUACGUCCAAAAAAACAGUAAUUCCUGUCACAGCCUCCUACUGGCUAACAAUGCUAGAUCAAACUGAUAGUGUGCAGGUGGAGGCACUGCAGAGAGAGGUGUGCACGCGAAAGACUUACUGGCAGCAGCAGACUCAGCGGGAGGAAGAUAUUCUCUCAGAUCUGGACUCAGCUCUAUUCCAGUGUCUCUUUAAAGCCACAGAAGCAAACUCUUAUCAGGUGCCGUGGUCAGGGAGGCAGCUCAAAGAAGCAGCCAUGGAGCUGCAGGAGUCAGCGCAGACGGAAGCCCAGAGGAGAGCGGCUCAACACUCCAACUUGGCUCUGAUCUUGCCUCCGCAUGUGUUACACAUCCUCUCACUGGGGGAUGAAGAGGAGUGGGAUCAGCAGCGUGUUUUACACUCAGAGCUCAUAUCAGGCCUGGAGAAGAUGGAUGUGUGUAUGGAGCAGCUGCUGCAGGAACAAGAAAAAUGGGCCACACAGGGACAAGACCAGGCUUCAGCUCUCUAUGCAAUGGACAAAGAGAUGAAGCAGAGAGAGUUGUGGGAGCAGCUUUGCUCCAUACAGGCCGAGCUGGAGGCUGCAGUUAAUGUGCAGCACUGUGCCAGACACCUCUCUCAGCUCCGUGCUGACACCGCUCAGGCUGUGCUGUGUGGGAGCUUUUUGUACAGAGAUUACAGUCUGUUCCAGUGCAGGGUGCACAGACAUCCUGUAAAGGUCAUGACCCUGCUUCAGCACAAAGCUCUACCCUUAUUGGAGAGACUGAACCAGAUCCUCGAAGACAAACAACCUGCCAGCUUCUCCCCAAACAUCUGCAAUCAGCAUGUCUCUGCUGAAGUCAAGCUCAGUGACAUUGGUUUUUCCAGGCCUUUUCAUCCUGAGACUACCGGCAGUUUUUCUGGCUUUUGGGACAUCCACAGCACGACUAGAGGCUCGGGGCAGCCCUACUACCAGCCUGGACAGUACCCUAUGCUUACUCGCUACAUCCACCCCUUAUUCCGCACUAAAGAAAGCCACAAGACUAAGGAGUCCACACAGCCUACACAAAUCUCUCUCCCCUCAAUUCCAGAGGACGAGUGGAUCAGGCUGCUGGAGCUCUCUCCUCUGUUCCAGCUUUUGAAGCAGGUAGAGCAGCAGCUGAAGAGCUGGGCCUGUGGGACAAAACUGUCCCGAGGAGAGCUCCCUGACAGAGGCCAGAGUUUUGUCGAUGUCCUUGAAGCUCAGUGGGAAUGCGAAGGAGAGCUGAUCCCUCUAGACGUGUCUGUCCUAAACCCGAGAGAGUUCCUUGUCUACCAACACGGACUGUUCCUGAUGCACAUGUUGUGUAAUUUAAAACUGACUCGGACAGUUUCUCUUCAGAUAGCAGCAAGUCUCCCGAACAACAACUACUCCAGCAACACUUUUAGAAAUUCCUUCUUUUAUCAGGAGGCAGAGGAGACGCUCUUUGUCCGCCGACAGAGGCUCCAGUCUGUUGGGGGCUUCUCUCUGCUUCUGCUUCACUGUCUGUCCCACAUCAAGGUGAAUGACAUGAGCUCUGACUCCAGCCCUCACUUUCAAAGACUCUUCUACAAGACGCUUCAAGCCUGUCUUGCGGAGCUGUUUCAGGCCAGACUGGGUGUGCAACUAUCUGGUCAGGAGGAUCAUUUAGCCUCAUCAGACCUUAAGGGGCCUCUUUCAGACUCUCAUGCAGCUUCACUGCUUUACAGGCUUCACAAACCGAGCAGAGGAGCACUGUCUGAAGAUAAAGUUGAAGAGCUUCAACAGAAGUACAGAGAAACAUCUCUGUUCUCACAUCUGGAAAAACAUUUGAAAGACCAAAACUCUGAGACAACGGAGAGAUGUGAAGACUAGACUGGAUAA